CAGCGCGGCCCGCGGCUUCCGAGCUGCCAUGGUGCCGCCGCCGCUGUGCACGCUGCCGCCGGGCCCGGAGCCGCCCCGCUUCGUGUGCUGGUGCGAGGGCCAGGAGGGCGGGGACGAGGACGGCUUCACCCUCUGCGUGACGGACGGCGCGCGGCUCUGGAGCACCUGCUGGCCGCCGGACGGCCUGGCGGCCCUCAAGGCGCGCUUGGGGCUGAGCGCGGCGGAGGACCUCGGCGCCCGGUUCAGGGCAGCCUGCCAGCAGCAAGCCAUGACCGUGACCCUGCAGGAGGCGGCGGCAUCCCUGACGCUCCCCGGGGCGCCCUCCGCCCUGGCCUUUGAGCUCUCCGAGGUAGCCGGCCCAGAGGCAGCCCCCAGGCUGCAGGCGCUGACCCUGGGCCUGGCAGAGCGGGUGUGCAGCCUGGAGCGGCGGCUGGCAGCUGCGGAGGAGUCGACCCCCAGCCCUAGGAAGAGCCCCCGGCCCGGGGGGCCUCAGCUCUUCCUACCAGAUAUGGAUCCCCAGAGAGGCGGCCCUGGACAGGGGCUCCGGAGACGGUGUCCAGGGGAGUCCCUCAUCAACCCCGGCUUCAAGAGUAAGAAACCGGCCGGCGGUGUUGACUUUGACGAAGCCUGAAGUGACAGCGAAGUGUGGCUGUGCUUGGAGUCUGCCUAGGGGGGUGGGUGCCACCCUGGGAGCCCCCGCUGCCCCCUGGUCCAUCCUGCUGCUCCUCAGGACCCUGCCCCAUCAAAUAAACGGUGCCCUGAG